AUGUGUGAAACAAAGAAGUUGCAACUACUCGAUCUGCUAGAUGAUAGUGAAAAUAAACAGUCAAUUGAGUUAAAACAUGAACAAGAGAAUAUUCAAGAACAUAUCCAACAAAUUUCUUCUAGAGAAAUAUUCACAAAACAAAUAUUAGAUAGUAACGAUAACGUUUCCGUACUUAGAGUACCCAAUGAUUUGCUCAAUUAUUUCGAAGAAGUGAAUGAGUUCAUGAAAACAGUACGGCCGUGUACCAUAAACAUGUUCACGAUCGAUUAUUAUAAUAAACGGGUUCGAGUUAUUCAACAAGAAAUCGCCACUAUAGGAAAAAUUCAAAAUGAAUCCUAUAUGAUGGAUAAAAAUGGCAACGUUUUUGACAUGAGGAUAUUGGUAGAUCUUUCAUUGGCAGCAGAUAUUGCUGAUGAAAUCACUAAUGCCGUUAAUUAUCCACGCGGCUAUGUCUUUAAAUUGAGAAAAGAUCCUUUUAAACUCUUUUCUAUUCAAGUUAAAUCGACAUUAACUGCUGGUCAAAUUAUGACUUAUAUUAUUUAUAAUAGCGGUACAAUAGUUGCUAAAGAAUCAACAAAUCCGAAUUUCUUAACACAAUGGACAACCAUUCAGAUUGAUGUUAAAAUAAAACAAAAUUAUUUAAUAUUAUGA